AACCAUGUUGUUACUAUUAACCUUUUUAUUUUGAAGAAAAAAAAAAUCCCCACACAUUGCUGCAGCACUCUCCUUCUGUAACAGUCUGUCAACCAGGAGGAAAUCCAUUUGCUCUGCAAAAAGUUCUUAGUAAUAGCUCAAAGAACAUAAACAGGCUGAAGUUUUUAUCUGGCCUUUAAAUACCUAAGCCACCUCAUUUUGGUGAUAUUUGAGUACAGCGAUCAUAACAUGUAAUCCACAGGUCCAAAUUCAUCACCACAGAGAGCAUCCUGGCGUACUGGUGUGGUAUGCAGUGUGCACAGCUGCAGACAGGAGAGCGCUGCAGAGGGUCAUCAACGCAGCCCAGAAGAUCCCUGGAUGCUCUCUGCCCAGCCUGGAGGACAUUGGCAACUCUUGCUACCUCAGCAGAGUUGGAAAUGUCAUCAAAGACUCCUCCCACCCCAGUCACCACCUGUUUGACCAGUUAUCGUUGGGCCGACAGUACUGGUCACACAAAACAAGGACAAAUAGACUUUCCUAGAGCUAUCACUAGCAAAUAAACACAAAGCAAAAUUUACCUGUUUUUUUUCCUGAAUUCAUACAUAUACUGAUCAUAUUGAUAUUGAUAAUGUGAAAAUUAAUGAAACAAUUUCUGUGCCAUUAAUCAAAUGCUCAAAGUGAAAUGAACUGCUUCAUAUCAUGUUUACAAUCUUGACUGCACCUGAAACUGACUCAUCCUGCUCCUGUGUAAUAUCUGUAUAUAUUAUUGUUUCUGUUCCUUUUAGUUUUUGCCUUUUUUGUUUUUUUUAUAUGAUGCUGGUGUUGCUUUUCAUGCUCGUUUUAAUUUGCACCAAAGGGAGAUGCGUUCACAUUUCACUGUAUUCUGUACAAUGACAACAAAGGCUAUUCUAUAUCCAGGGUGGUGAAUUUCUUUAAUUUGAUUGAUUCAGGUUACUCUGAAUCAGUAAUAUUGUUGCCGUCGCCUCGCACAGUGUGAGUGAAGUUAAUUAACCAAAUCAUCGGAGUUGACAGUGUUUCUUCCCUGCGCAGCAAGCAUAAAAAUUACUCGUAUGAGUAUAAUGGAGACCCUUAUAAGUAGGACAAUUUAAGGAACCAGCAAGCUCUGUUCAGCACUGAAUGAACAGACCGUCUUCAGCAGGAGGGAGCAAUGUUAUAGGUGACUGGUGUAACCUGAAUCUGAGUACAAUGUUGGCCAAGUCAUCACAUGGUCACAAUAAAAACUCUCAGCUGGUACCUGUUUGGAAAUUGGUUUGCAUAAAUUGCAUCUACAAAAAUCUGCUCCCACUGCUAAAUGGUAUCUUCAAACAACUAACUAUAGAAACCUGGCAGUGAAAAGGUUAGGCCUUUUGAUGUCUGAUACACACGUGUGUUUUCUGCAAACUCACUCUGUGAAUUUUACAAUCCUUUAUGCUAAACACCAUUGAACAGGAUAGCAGUUUUUACACUCUCAGCAGAGCUUUAAAAACUAGCAUGCAUGAAGUGUGUUUUGGAAGCAAUAUUAAAACCCACAUCCAAGCGUGUAUUUGCCCGUGGAGAUGAAUUGUGGUUUUCCUCAUUUUACUUGAUAAAAACCUUGUGCUUUGAAAUGCAUUAGAAUACAGUUUCAGUAUUGAAAUGAAGUUAUGAAGUUAUUUGACUCUUCUGUUCGAUAACGGUAACUGUAACAGAUAAGGUUAUAGAUUGACAGUUUGAUACUCACAUUUGCUGGAGUAUAAAUUCUGACUCUGGACAGCGUGGCACAUACUUUGAGACUGCUCUCAGAAUUUAAAAAGGCAUCAUUCACCACACGGGUGAGUGGGUUGAAACACCAUUUAUAGGUACAUUGUUUUGUGUUGUGAAAACAAUUUAUGAAUUAUGCUUUUUUUACUUUGUAGGGAAAAAAAAGGAAACAUGCUGAUCUUUACUUCACUAUGUCUUCUCUGCUGGCUGCAGUUUAACGGAGUGGAGACUGAUGAAAUAAAAUUAGGAUUUUAUGAAGAAUCGAUUGACGACAUGUACUUUAACUGCAAAGACAAGAUGGAGCAACGGGUCUUACCCAUGUACUCUAAAGAACUGAAAGAGAAGCCGUAUGGAACUUACUGGGAAGAGGAAAAAAAGAAUAUCAUCGAUGACAGGAUUCUGACUCAGAAGGAACUUCUAGCAAUUCGUGUUUAUACAGAAAAUACAAACAACGUGUAUUCAGAGUUUAAUAAAGCAGUCAGGACAGGCGGAGACAAAUAUGACACUUCAUUUAAGUUCCGCAAUUUACAUUUCUUUCUUACUUCAGCUAUACAAAAAUUAAAAGAAGCUGACAAAGGUACUUGCUAUAACACUUACAGACGAAGCAAAGGUACAUAUAAACUUAUGACAAAUGAAAUUCGAUUUGGUAGUUUUGCAUCCAGUUCUCUGACACCUAACCAGAUAUCCUAUGGUCAAGAGACCUGCUUUAAAAUUGAAACCUGUCAUGGUGCAGCGGUGGAACAAUAUUCAGCUUAUCCUGCAGAGAGAGAAGUGCUCAUACCUCCCUAUGAGAAAUUCACGUUAGUAAAUAAUAGAGAAGUUAAAGAAUUGAAUGAUUGUAGAACUGUUUAUGUCUUGGAGAGCGCUGGCCGUCACAGCAAGCUGAAUUGCAAAUUAGCUGUGCUAUUUUCCCCCAAACUUUAGAGAGGUUGUGUAAAAUGUAAGAUG